AUGAGGGAGAUCUCAAGGAGAAGUAUAGACUUGCUCGUGUUAUGGAACAUAAGUUUUAGCUGCUAUCUUCUCUGGGAAUGGCAUAGUUGUCAAGUUGUCAAGGUUUCAGAACAUGCAAGCUGGUCUGGAUGCUUCUACGUGCAAAUUCUCCAAACUGCCCUUGCAGCUGUUAGAGCUCCUGAAAAUCUUGUUGAAGUCAUAACUAGGUUUUCUGAGACUGGAGAAGCAUUAGUCUCCUCAGUUGACAAAAUUAUAUUUGUCGGCUCUCCAGGUGUUGGCAGAAUGAUAAUGAGAAAAGCCGCUGACACAUUCAUACCCGUGACACUUGAGCUUGGUGGAAAAGAUCCGUUUAUUGUCUGUGAAGACGUCGAUGUGGCACAUGAGCUGAAAGACUUUAUAUUGUUAAAUCUGUCUCAGCUUCCGGAAGACAUGCUUAGAAGUAAAAGGGAGCAAGGAAAGCAAUUGAAGACCAAAGAAUGA